AUGUCCCUUCCCGUGAGACGGUUGACCCACACGGCUCCCCGCACUUUGGCCCGCAUCCCCAUCUCUAGAAUCCCCUCUGUCUUCUCUUCUCCCAUUCCUCGUGCUAUUCGCACUACUGCCCCCAAAUUUUCUACCAUGGCUGCUCGUCAAUCUGCUGCACCGGCUGUACCAGCCGAUAAGGCCUAUGAUCCUGAGAUCCAGGAUAUGGCCAAGUAUAUCCAUGAGUACAAUAUUGACUCCGACCUAGCGUUCGACACCGCCCGUCUGGUCUUCCUGGAUACUCUGGGCUGUGGUUUGGAGGCCCUGAAAUUCAAAGAGUGUGCAAAGCUCCUUGGCCCCACCGUGGAGGGGACUGUGGUCCCUAACGGUACCCGCGUUCCCGGUACCCCAUACCAGUUGGACCCCAUCAAUGGCGCCUUCAACAUCGGUUCCAUGAUCCGAUGGCUCGACUACAAUGACUGCUGGCUCGCUGCUGAGUGGGGUCACCCUUCUGAUAAUCUGGGUGGUAUCCUGGCUGUGGCGGACUGGAUCUCUCGCACCAACCGUGCGGGCGGAAAUCUUGGUAACGGCAAGAUCUUGACCAUCCGUGAUGUUUUGGAGGCCAUGAUCAAGGCCCACGAGAUUCAGGGUGUUCUUGCGCUUGAGAACUCAUUCAACAAAGUUGGCCUGGAUCACGUUGUCCUGGUCAAGGUUGCCACUACCGCUGUGGUCUCCAAGAUGAUGGGUCUUACUGAGAAGCAGACUGCUGAUGCCAUUACCCAGGCCUGGGUCGAUGGUCAGUCACUUCGCACUUACCGUCACUCCCCGAACACCAUGUCGCGCAAGUCGUGGGCUGCUGGUGACGCUUGCCAGCGCGCCGUGAACCUGGUUCUGAAGGUGCAGAAGGGUGAGGGUGGUCUCCACACUGUUCUUUCUGCUCCCACCUGGGGUUUCUACGAUGUACUAUUCAAGGGCAAGAAGUUCGACUACCAGCGUCCCUAUGGCAGCUAUGUUAUGGAGAACGUCCUCUUCAAAGUCUCCUACCCUGCCGAGUUCCACUCCCAGACUGCCAUUGAGGCCGCCGAGAAGAUCAAUAAGAAGCUGGCAGAGAUGGGCAAGAGCGCCAAGGACAUCAAGGAGAUCACCAACCGUACCCACGAGGCCUGCAUUCGUAUCAUUGACAAGCAGUUCAAGGCCAUGGAUAACUUUGCCGACCGUGACCACUGUGUUCAGUACAUGGUUGCCACCAUGUUGGUCUUCAACCGUCUGACCGCUAGUGACUACGCCGAUGGCUCCGAGGCCGCCACCUCCCCCCUGCUGGCUGAUCUCCGCACACGUAUCCGCUGUGUCGAGGACGAGCAGUUCACCAAGGACUACCACAACCCCGAGAAGCGUACCAUCCCCAACGCUCUGACUGUCACUCUGAAUGAUGGCACAGUCCUGGAGGAGGUCGUCGUUGAGGCACCUCUGGGUCACCGCCUGCGCCGUGAGGAAGCCAAGCCCGAGAUUCUGGCCAAGUACAAGCGCCACCUCCAGGCGCACUUCGACCAGGCUCGCAUCGAUGAGCUGCUCAAGGUGGGCUGGGACCGCCAGCAGCUCGAGAACUACGAGGUCGACAAGUACGUUGACCUGUACGUGAAGGACAAGAUGAUCGCCUCCUCAUAA